GUGGCAGCAGCACUGGGAGCAUCGUUCUGACUCUGGAUCAGUGCGCACCUCUUUCCUCAGAUCCCACUGGAGCAGCGACAGAACCGGACCUUUUAACGCCUGUCAUUUUUCCCCCCCCCAUCCCUGUUAAGACAUUUUUAAUCCAAUUUCCCUUCCUCCCUGGGAAGAACCUGUGCGCCUAACUGUGGGAUAUACAUGUAUGAGAGCGGCAAGAAAGAGCGAACAAUUCGGAGGGAAUAAAGUACCCUGUCAGCGUCGGUCCUGCAGUAGUUCAGAGACUGGACCGCGGCGCGUCGGCAGCACGCAGUAGUCCGGGUCUGGGACUUGGAUCCAAGUCUCAAAUCGCUUCGCCGUUUCCUCGUGCUUGCACUUGACUGGAACUAGGAUGGAGUCUUAUCUCGUAGCGGCUCUGUCCCUGUGCUGUCUAACGGCACCCAGCUAUGGGGACAAAGGGACAAGCAAAGCCAGGAGUUGUUCGGAUAUUCGGCAGUUUUAUAACGGCAAAGGAUUCCCGUUAGACGGCGUCCCUCUGUCGGAAAUAUCCGGAGAGCACCUGCGCAUCUGUCCCCAGGGAUACACAUGCUGUACCAGUGACAUGGAGGAGAACCUGGCCACACUGAGCCGCAGGGAAAUCGAGGGAGUGCUCAAAGACGCCGGGCGAUCCGUACAGUACUCGCUGACUGGACUGCACAAGACAUUUGAUGGGUACUUCAUGGAGCUGCUGAACCACUCAGCUGCUGUGCUGCACCAACACACUUCGACUUGGGGUUCCUUCUACACACAGAACUCCCAGGUCUUCUCUGACCUGUACACAGAUUUGAGGCUCUACUAUCGCGGUUCCAACAUCAAUUUGGAGGAUGUGCUGAAUGACUUCUGGGCUCGGCUGCUGGAGAGGCUCUUCUACCAGGCCAACAGGCAGUACUACGUUGGGGACGACUACCUGGAGUGCGUCUCCAAACAAAUGGAGACACUCCGGCCCUUCGGUGACAUACCACGCGACGUGAAGUUGAAGGUGACUCGCACGUUUUUGGCCGGCCGGUCCUUCGUCCAGGGCCUGUUUGUCAGCGGAGAGGUGGUGCGCAAAGUAUCCCAGGUCCAGCUGAGUCCGCCGUGCAUGCGGGCCAUCAUGAGGAUGACGUACUGCCCCCACUGCCGCGGCGUGCCCUCCGCCCGCCCGUGUGUCAACUACUGCAUCAAUGUCAUGAAAGGGUGUCUGGCCAACCAGGCGGAUCUCAACAGCGAGUGGAGGCACCUGGCAGAAACCAUGAUACAAGUGGCUGAGCGGUUUAACGGCCCGUCCGGAGCAGACGUGGUGCUGCUCUCUCUUCCGGACCAGAUUUCAGAAGCCGUCAUCACCAUGCUGGAGAACAUCGAGAUGGUCAACGGCAAGUUGUAUCAAUCGUGUGGAAACCUCAGACAAGCAGGAAGCGGCGCUUCAGAUGUGGAUGACUUGCUGAAGAAAGCGAAGUUGGCCAGAGAGGACCAGGUGGUUUCCAGCUCCAGCAAGGUCCUGGACAAAAUGGUGUCAGACAUCACCUUCAGGAUGAGGGACAUGCAGCCUUACUGGGUCUCCCUCCCGGCUAUGAUCUGCAGCGACAGGGUGGCCAGCGGCGCCGGCGCCGAGGAGCGCUGCUGGAACGGCAUGAGCCGCGCCAGGUAUCUUCCUGAGGUGAUGAGCGACGGCCUGGCCAGCCAGAUCAACAACCCCGAGGUGGACAUCGACAUCACCAAACCAGACAUGAGCAUACGACAGCAGAUCAUGCAGCUCAAGGUCAUGACACACCGCCUGAAGAACGCCUAUAACGGCAACGACGUGGACUUUCAGGACACCAGUGAUGACGCCAGCGGAUCGGGCAGCGGCAUGUGCACGGACGAGAUGUGCUCACGCAGCCCGCGCAUCGUCAUCCCAGUCACCACUCGCCCCCUGGUCUACAACCCCCCCAAGGAGAAGAAGAUCUGGAGUCGAAACUCCGCCAUGACCCCGCGGCCCGUCGUCACCAUCCACCUGCUGUCGCUGCUGCUCUGGCUGCUCCUGCGAUAAUCGCCGAAGGAAACCACCUCUACCGGGACUGAGUUCGGAGCAAGGAGGUCGGGGGGGAGUCCGAAAC